AUGCAUUCGAGCGAGUUCGACGGCGCCGCAGCCUUCUCCGGCGGUGGUUUUAUGCCGUCUCAGCCACUCAGGUUACGUUUGGUAGGAAGCAUUGAAAAUGAGGGAUUGGGAUUACAAGCCACUCUUGUAGGAAGGGUGUGCAACAAAGCUGGAAGGAUUACUGAUGUUACUUUUGUACUAGAUGAUGGGGCUGGAAAGAUUGGGUGCAGUAAAUGGCUUCAGGAAGAUGUAGACACCAAUGAAGCGGAGGGUCUCAGGUCUUUGAACGACUUUAACGAGAUUGCAAGUCCCUUCGUUGAUUGUAUAUACGUCCAUCUCUAUAAUACCAGGGUGCAGUUCUCUGGUCAGCACAUCAAUGGUCAGAAGAGUGUUGAAGAUAGGGUCUUGGAUAUCUUGCACCUUCCCUCGAACAGGGCAAAAGAGGAGGGUGUCUCUCGGGAUCUUAUGUGCAGAGCAUCUUGGACUUCCUCUGGAUAA